UUUGCUCGCGGGUCCCCUGCGCAGGCUCGGGAGCUGCGGACCCCAGGCGCCCCCUGGCAACCGGACGCCAGCCGCUGCCAUGGACCGGCAAGUCACCGCCAUCACCUCCAAUACCCCAAGGGAAGACCUGGGACCUGGCAGUUUGGUGGUCACCUCGAAAUCAACCCGGAAGACAUCCUCUUUUGAAAGAGAAGGAUGGUGGAGAAUAGCAUUAAAAAAUACACCUGUCCCUGGCACUUACCACUUGAAGACUUUUAUUGAAGAAUCUCUAUUAAAUCCAGUGAUACCAACCUACAAUUUCAAAAACGAAGGAAGAAAAAAACCACCUCUUGUGCAAAGAAAUGAUCCAGUACUAAAUGACCUUCCCCUGUAUGCACCUCCUGACUUCGUGGACUUAUUAAAGAAGCAAGGGGCCACUUACUCAUUUAAAGACAAACCUCGGCCAAGCCCUAGCAAACUGGUUUACAAAGAUCAGUCGGUUAAGCUUUCGCCAGGACAAUACGACCUACUUCCCGCACCAGUUCCCAAGCACGCCUCCAGGAGCUUCGUAUUUCGUUCUGUAGUUCAAAGAUUUCCGACAAGCUACUUCAUUCCUGAUAUAAGCUUCAUGAAGCACGAAGGCCCAGGACCAGGUCAUUAUGACUUGAAAAUACCUCAAGCAAAUCCUGUUACUUCUUGUUUUCAAUCCAGAGUACCUCGAUUCCAGUCCACCCGUUCUAAAACCCCAGGCCCUGGAGCGUACACAUCUUCAGCACAAUACCCCAAGCAGUCCCCGACGGUAGCCAAAAUGGGCCGAGAACAUAGCCUUUUCUUCAACAACACAAUCGGCUUUUAAAAUAAAGCCUCCGUGGCCCUAAGCUACUUGGAGUUUAGCAAGUUCUUAUGUUCAGAAAACUCUGUUUUGUCUGCUGUAGGAGGGUUUGACUACAGAACAUAAUCGAUUGCCCUGGUGACCGUCCUGCCCGCUUAUCUGGAGUAGUCCCAGCGCAGUUUCCAGUUCACUCUCCCAAGUGUCCUGGUUUGAAUAAUAAACUGUGUGCUCGCUCUG